AUGACGGAGGUCCGCGUCCCGCUGGGGGGCACGGCGCUGCUGCCCUGCAGGGUGCGACACCUGGCUGGCCGCCCGGUGGCGUGGGUGCGGCGACGCGACUGGCACAUCCUGACGUGGGGCGCCGCCAGCUUCACCAGCGACGGCCGCUUCCGCGUGCUCAGCUCGCACUCCGGCCGCGACUGGAGCCUGCGCAUCCGGCACGUCCAGCGGCACGACAACGGUACCUACGAGUGUCAGGUGCCGACAGGCAGCGGCACAAAGUCUCACUUGUUCAACCUCCACGUGGUGGUACCGAGAGCUGUCAUCCUUGGCCGACGCGAGUACCAUGUUGGCGAGGGCAGCACGGUCUCGCUGGUCUGCAUCAUCGAUAACGGUCCUCUGGUAGCGCAGUUUACCUUCUGGAAGCAUAACGAUCGCACGGUGGUCGCAGACGACGCCGCAUCCAAGGGAAUGUCUGUGGCGACGGACGCCGACGGCGCCAGACCGCACUCGCGGCUGCUGAUUUCCAGGGCGGACGUCACGCACGCCGGCAGCUACACCUGUGGUGCACCAGGCGCAGAUCCAGAUACCGUGCACCUCUUCAUCUCGCAAGAAAUAACUGAAGAUGAGAGAAAGUGUGCAGCGUUCGUACUGGACAUAACUGAUCAAUGGAAUGCAUCAAACAUCACAGAAGAAGAAACAUUAGAUAUCAAUGGACGCACACCAGGUGGAGUGGAAUCAUUCAUUUGUGAUUAA